AUGGUGCCUUCUGGAGACAUGCGCGUCCACUACGCAGAUGGGCUCACCCAGGACACCUUCAAAAUAUGCAAGGAAUUCUUGAGACCAUUUAAAAAGUCCCUACGGAAGCUGAAUUUGCCGAAAGAUUUCCCAAAAGAAAAGAGGCUAAACUGCACCAGAAAGAACCUCACCAUUCUCGGGGAUCACAUCAACAUGUUUCUUCAGCAUUACUGCAAAACUUGGGAACUAAAACACUGGAAAAAGAUGCUCUGGAGAUUUGUCUCGCUCUUCUCCGCACUCGAUGAGAAGCAGCUGUGUAAACUGUACAGGUACAGCAAGACGGACCAAAUCACCAAGUUCCUGGUAAGGGUUAUAGUUCCUCCCCAAACCAAAAGAGGUCGGCAACAUAGCCCAAGGGGGAUGCACCAGGCCUGCCCUGUUUUCAUCUCUUCUUGGCUCAUCAGAGGCUUCUGCAGGAGGAUUCCAAAAAGUCAAAUCGGAGGCCAUGGCCAUAAGGCCUAUUGCCGUUUGGAGAACCCUGACUUGGUCACCCUUCCCAAUAACAGCAAACUGGUGAAGCUGCGUGAUACGUGGAGGCUUGCUGGAGGUGUGAAGGUGCAGGAAAAGCUGGGGCGGAUGCGCUCACUGUCAGGAGACUGUGAUCUCCCACCUGGAAAUGUGCCUAAAAAAAGGUAA